AUGUUGAACCAGUGUAGAUAUUGCAGCGAUCUAUUUGAAACGAAAGGCAAACGCGAUAGUCACACGUUAGAUCAACAUGUUUCUACGGUGAUAGUUGGGGAAACAAAUGUGUCUCGUACUGCUUCCGGAUUCCCGUGCCCACGUUGUCGAAAAUCAUUAAAAUCUGCAAAAACCUUGAAGAUACAUUUGGCAAAGAAACAGCUGCCAUGCUUGUUUGUUUACGACUCUGCGCCUCAAUCUGACCCCAGAGAAAGCUUGUCUUUAAAAGUCGAGCCAGAUGCCUUGACCAACACUGCGACAACAGCUGAAACAACAAGCUCUGUGAAUAUCAGCAAGGAGUCACCGCUUAUUGAAUCAACAGCAUCAAACGUAUCAACCGCGUCAACCCUCUUGUUGACCUCAUCACCCACUUCCUCCACGUUAUCUUCUUCAAUUGUACUUGAUGAGUUGAGUUUUUCUCCGCCACCAAUGGAAGAUCGUCUGCUCUUUAACAGUAUCGACGUGUCUGCUCAGUUUUAUAAGUUUCAGCUGGAUGCGCAAAGCCGGCUGCGAGAAGAUGCUGCCUUCACUAUUGAAGAACAUAUGCAACAUAUAUUGGCCUUAUCAUCAGUUCUCUUGCUAAAGCCUGCGCGCACUCAUGAAGAUUUGCACAGGCAUAUCGAUCUUAACACCUGUGAAGGACUUCGCCGACAUAUUCUUUCUAAGCAGCAGACUGCGUAUCAACCAUUCCCAACUUCAACCAGGAACCGACUUGAAGAAAUAAUGGGACAAAUGGAUUUGGAUGGCGACCGAAAUAACAUAUGUACGCGUUUGGGAGCAUCGCGCCAAAUUUCUGCAAUGAUACAGGAGGAUGGCCUCAAUUCUACAAACAGGAUUCUGUUGGCCGUUCGUAACAUGACUUCCGUCAGCGAUGAAGAAAAGCAAGCCACUACACGACCAGAUGCCUCAAUAAAUAUCACAAAUGGAGCAGCAUUGAGUAAGAGAAUUGGCUGCGGUGAGGUAAAAGCGCAAUACCAAGCUCUCAAUCAUCGGUUGGUUGGCAUUGAUUUAAUGCGCAUUACAGUGUUGGCCAAGGCCGCAUCCGAUAAACACAAGUUGAAAGAAAUCUUUACCUUCACUGUUGUCGGCAAAUAUGCCACUUUCUACAUAUUUACUCGCGCCCAAGCUUAUUUGUAUACAAUGUGUGAGAUCGCACAUAUCCAACUACCUCUUACCCUUGAUCAUGUGCCUCUUUUUCUUUCACAACUGGACAAGGUUGUCAGAAUUAUUUCCUGCUUUCAAUAUACUUUAAAUAGCGGCAACCACAGCUAUGCAAAUGAUCCAUUUACACUCACUGAUAACAUGCUCCACAACGCUACGGAUCCCAAAUCGUCACGCAAGCGAAAAUCAAUUACAAGUCAUUAUAACCAUUGA